CCAACAGGGAAGAGUUCUCCUGUACUGAGUGCGGGAAAGUUAUUCAGUUAUAAAUCCAAACUUAAUGUGCAUAUAAGAUCUCACUCAGGAGAGAAGCCACAUUCCUGUCCUGAGUGCGGGAAAUGUUUUUCACAAAAAUCCCAUCUACAAAUACAUCACAUAAGACAUCACUCAGGGGAGAAGCCAUAUUCCUGUCCUGAGUAUCUAAGGCUUCACACAGGGGAAAAACCAUACUCCUGUACUCAGUGUGGGGAAUGUUUUUCAAGGAAGUCUAGACUUUACAUACAUCAGAGAUCUCACACAGGGGAGAAGCCGUAUUCCUGUCCUGAGUGCGGGAAAUGUUUUUCAGUGAAGUACCAUCUUGACACACAUCUGAGAUCUCACACAGGGGAAAAGCCAUUUUCCUGUUGUGAGUGCGGGAAAUGUUUUUCACACAAAUCCAGUCUUUCCAGACAUCAGAGAUCUCACAUGGGGGAGAAGGGACUUCCCUGUCCUGAGUGA